AUGAUCAACGCGACUUCACGCAUCAACAACCCAAAGCCUCCUCCGCCCAACCACAACCUUCAGUCCAUCAUCCAGCUCCCCAUGUUGGGCAGUCUCACCGUUCCCCCACCCAAACCUCUCCAACAACAGCAGCAGCAACAACAACAGCAGCAGCAGCAGCAGCAACAGCAACACCAGCUUCCACAGCAGCAGCAAGGCCCUCAGCAGUCCGAUAUCCCACCACCACCCCAGAGUGGCCAGGACUUCACCCUCUCCAGCGUCCUACACUUCUUGCAGACAGAAUGGCGCAGAUACGAACGCGACCGCAAUGAAUGGGAGAUUGAGCGCGCCGAGAUGCGGGCUCGGAUAGCCCUCCUCGAGGGUGAGCGCCGCUCCUUCGACAAUGUGAAGCUCGACCUCAUGCGUCGAAUCAAAAUGCUCGAGUACGCUCUUCGGGUGGAGCGGUCGAAGCAGCUGACACAGCCGGCAUCGCAGGCAGUCCCGCCCGCCAAGCUAGCGACCCUGCAGUCUCAAAUGGGUCAGACUUCACAAAAAGACGAUGCCUUCAGCCACAAAGAAGGCAGCAGUGGCAGCUCGCCCCGGAGUGAAGAUUCUCCCUUACCGCCCGAACGAAUACCUACGGACCGGAUGUCCACGGGCUCCGCGCCAAACGGCGCGGCGGCGAGCAACCCUUCGAGCAGACAGCAGACCUGGCUGGGUGGUCCGACGUGGUCCACUGCAAAUGGGCCUUCAAUGGGUACACUUGGCGCAAUGGGGAAACCGCCUGCAGGGCGCGAUCCCAAGAGCAGAGCGCGCAGUAGAGACUACCUCAAACAGUGUCUACAGGAGAUAUCGUAUCUUACUUCUCCGCAAGCAAUGAACCCGCUCCCUAAUCGCCCGUUGCUGAACAACACCACACUCCCACUACAACUUCCCAACGUGCCCUCGUUCGACCAGAUGGCUUUUAACGGCCGUCCCCGAAAAGUAAUGCCGGAGGUCGGGAAAGACUACUCACUUCUGAACGGCAUUGGCAUGAUGGGCGGUCCCUCGUCUGCUCCUGCAACGAGUGGAUCGCAAAUCAAUCCAAUGGAGCGAAGCGCUCUUGGUAGUGCCAGUAUCAUCCCGUCGCAGCAACCCCCGCAAGGACCUUCGAGUUCACUCGGUCAAUCAUUACAGCCACAACAGCAACCAUCGCUGCAAAUCGGCCAGGUCCCGCAGCCGUUGCAGCUGUUCUCACAGCCAGCAGAUGGCAAGGAGAAAGAGGGUGAACCUGAGCAACCACUGACGGCGAUCUUCCGUCCAGAUGAGGCACCACGAAUGCCGCAUGAGACGGUGGCAGAGCAGGCAAGGAUGGACAGGCCUGGACAGCCGGACAUCUCGCUCAGCGGUGCUGCGUCGUGGGAGCGGCGGACACGGGAAGAGGAAGACGAGAACAAGGAAGAGGAGGCGGAGGUCGAGGAGGAUGAGUCGAGCGUUAUGGGGGAGGGCGACGAUGCGAAGCAUUGGAAGGCGAAAAGAACAUUGCGGAAUCAUCUCGACGCUGUUCGAGCCCUCGCGUUCCACCCGACGGAGCUGUGCCUCGCCACCGGCGGGGAUGACGCCACGGUGAAGAUCUGGCGGGUUGAUGUCGCAGGCCUUGCCUCAUCCGCCUCGCGCCCCACCACGGAGGUUGAGCCACAGCUGACGCUGCGAGGACACUCUGCGGCGAUCACCCGGCUGGUACACGCACCGUCAAAGCAGCUGCUGUACUCGGCCUCGCUGGACUCGUCAAUUCGGAUAUGGGCACUCCCGCCCACCUCCCAUACGACGUAUGCACCAUAUGAUGCGACACGUGCGCGUGGAGAGCUCAUAGGCCAUACGGACGCUGUGUGGGACCUGGCACUAGUCCGGGAUGAGAGUACCCUGAUUAGCUGUGGUGCCGAGGGCUCAGUCAAAGUGUGGGAUGUCAGUGGCCCUUCUGGUGGAGGGUCUCUCAAGUUGACGUGGUCGUACGACGGCUUGGACCCAGACAUACAUGAAGAGGGCGACACACCAGGCGCGACCGCAGUUGAAGCGAUUAAGACUGACCUCAAGAAGGUUGCUGUGGCAUAUCAGAAUGCAGUGAUCAAGAUAUUCGACAUCGAGAGUGGUAAGGAGUUGUCGCGGUUGCACAUUGACAGUGAAGAUGAUGCUGUAUCGUCACAAGCAAACAGCAUUGUGUCGCAUCCGACCAUGCCCUUACUUUUCUCCGCGCACGAGGACAAACACAUUCGUAUCUUUGAUAUCGUGACAGGACAAUGCACGCACUCAAUGCUGGCACAUCUUGAUGCGGUGACCUCGCUGUCGGUGGACGCAGCAGGCUUCGUACUUGUGUCAGGCAGUCACGACUGCUCCGUGCGCUUCUGGGACAUCCUCGGUUCGCGAGCAUGUAUUCAGGAGAUCACCAGUCAUCGAGAAAAGGCUCGCGAGGGGGUGCUCGAUGUCGAGUUCCAUCCAUCGCUCCCAAUCUUGGCCAGCGCAGGCGCAGACGGUGUGGUCAAGUUGUAUGCGUCGUCAUGA